AUGAAGUUAGGAGGACCCCACAUUCCUUUGAAAACAGGAAGGAGGGAUGGAAGAAGGAGCAGAGCAGAGAUAUUGGAGCAAUAUCUCCCAGACCACAAUGAGAGCAUGAGUAUGGUACUUGAUAGGUUUAAGUCCAUUGGAAUUGACUCUAAAGGAGUUGUUGCUUUGCUAGGAGCUCAUAGUGUGGGCAGAACCCAUUGUACAAAGCUGGUCCACAGGCUGUACCCGGAAGUCGACCCAAACUUGAACCCGGACCACGUACCCCACAUGCUAAAGAAGUGUUAUGACCCGAUCCCAGACCCAAAGGCGGUCCAAUACGUGAGAAAUGACCGUGGUACCCCUAUGAUUUUCGACAACAACUACUACCGGAACAUAUUGGACAGCAAGGGUUUACUCAUUGUGGACCAUCAACUAGCCACAGACAAGAGGACUAGACCAUAUGUGGUUAAAAUGGCUAAAAACCAAGACUACUUCUUUAAGGAGUUUUCAAGGGCCCUAACCAUUUUGUCUGAGAAUAACCCACUUACUGGCUCUAAGGGUGAGAUUAGGAAGCAAUGCAGUGUUGUAAACAAGCUUCAAUAGAUCAUCAUCAUCAACAACUAAAUAUUAAUCCUUGUUAUGCAUGGAUUAAUUAAUGUUACUAAUAUGUACGUGC